CGAUUAUAUUUUUUUGUUAUUCUGUGUACCUCACAUUAAUUUUAUGUGGCAACAUUUAACUUCACAGCUGUCAAAAUAGGGGGUGCUUGAAGGGUGUAUAAAAUCAAUUUAAUUCUAAAAAUCGUCUCGAUUUUAUUACAAUUUAUACAAAAUGGCACUAGCUUUCCGCAACACCCUGAGGGCUGCCCGCUCGCUCAUGGUCAGAGGGUACGCAGAGGCCGCACCCGCCAUCAAGGAAGGAGAAAUGGCACUCACACUGGCAGCUGGCAACAAGGUGUUCUACAACAAAGUGGCUGUGAAACAGAUUGAUGUGCCAUCAUUCAGUGGUGCCUUCGGUAUCCUGCCCAAGCAUGUUCCUACACUGGCUGUCCUGAAGCCUGGAGUAGUGACCGUCUACGAGAGUGACGGCAAGCAGGCCAAGAUCUUCGUAUCAUCAGGCACCAUCACCGUCAACGAGGACUCCUCUGUGCAGGUGCUGGCGGAGGAGGCGCACCCCGUGGAGUCGCUGGACCGCAGCGCCGCGCAGGAGGCGCUGAGCAAGGCGCAGUCCGAGUACAACUCCGCAGGGAACGAGAAGGCGAAGGCGGAGGCUGCGAUCGCGGUGGAGGUGGCGGAGGAGAUCGUGAAGGCCGCGUCGUAGGCCGCCGGACCGCCCCGUUAGUUACAACACUUAUUUAAUUAUAUGUCAUGUUAUAUUACUGCAAUCUGUAAAAAUAUAAGCGCCAAUCCAGUAGA